AUGACGGAGCGGGGGGCCUCUCCGGAGGACCCCUGGGUCAAGGCAAGCCCCGUGGGCGCGCACGCCGACAAGGGGAGGGCGGGUCGGGCACGUGCACGCAGGGGGAGCGGGAGAGUUGGGGUUUCUCCCAGUUCCCCCCAGUUCUCCUUGCUUCGCCCUCAGGGGCUCGGGGCUGCGGGCUGCGGAGACAGCCCCGUCCCCCCGCGUGCCCAAGUGGAGUAUACCUCCUACAGUGACAACAGCCUGGACCCGGGGCUCUUUGUAGAAAGUAACCGAAAGGGCAGUGUAGUGUCCAGAGCCAACAGCAUCGGCUCUACCAGUGCUUCCUCGGUUCCCAACACAGAUGAUGAGGACAGUGAUUAUCAGCAAGAACCCUACAAGGAGUCAUAUAAGGACAGGAGGCGCCGGGCACACACACAAGCAGAACAGAAGAGGAGAGAUGCCAUCAAGAGAGGCUAUGAUGAUCUUCAAGCCAUUGUCCCCACCUGUCAGCAGCAAGAUUUCUCCAUUGGCUCCCAGAAACUCAGCAAGGCCAUUGUUCUGCAGAAGACCAUUGAUUAUAUCCAGUUCUUGCAUAAAGAGAAAAAGAAACAGGAGGAGGAAGUAUCUACUCUACGAAAGGAUGUUAUGGCUCUGAAAAUCAUGAAAGUGAACUAUGAGCAGAUUGUGAAGGCACACCAGGAUAACCCUCAUGAAGGGGAGGACCAGGUCUCUGACCAGGUCAAGUUCAAUGUGUUCCAAGGCAUUAUGGACUCUUUAUUUCAGUCCUUCAAUGCCUCCAUUUCUGUGGCCAGUUUCCAGGAGCUGUCAGCUUGUGUCUUCAGCUGGAUUGAAGAGCACUGUAAACCCCAGACCCUCCAAGAGAUUGUUACUGGGGUGCUGCACCAACUGAAAAACCAGCUGUACUGACUGCUUACCUUUCAGCCAACACUACUGGAAGUGUGGAACCAGAGGGCUGGCUGGAUGAUGCUGGCUCGGAUGUCUCAAACAGAAUAUUUGCUUUGCUGAAUUUUGGACAGCAAACCCAUCUCAAACCUGUGGGAGUUCUAGGGGCUAUUGGAUUUGUCCCUUAGAAAUCACUUCUGACAUCUUCCUAAACUUCCAAUUUAAACUCAUGACAAGUAUUUAUUUGGAAGCUACUAGUUGCCACUGUGAUAUGCCUUGGGGGAGAGGUAAUAAUGAGACUAUGCUUUUGGCAGAAAUCUAGAGAAGGCAGAAGAAAUAGUAUUUAUGUAGCCAAAGAGUGUCAUGGACACAUCUCCAGUUGUGCUGGGCUGCAUUAUGGCACCAAUAAAAUUUUUAGCACGUUAUAUAGGGGUUUUAUCUCUAGAGAGUUUGCCACUGUGAUCAGAAACCAUAUGACAUUUAUUUCAAUGUAAUUUUUUUAAGCUUAAAAUUUUAUUAAAGUUUUUUAAGUCAGCCAGGUUCGUGGCACUUCAGUCCACUUGUCCUCUUCUCAUACAAAGUUGAUUAAGGAUCAUCUCCAUUCUUCUGUCCACUUUUUACUUGCCAUCAAGAUUUCUAUCAAAAAUGAGCCAGGGGAAAGUGGAGAAACUGCUAUCUCAGAUGGAGAAUCAUACUUUUUUUUCCCCCAGGCUUAAAUAUGGAAGAUUCUACCAUCCAAUGGAAAUUAAAUAUUUUUAUAUCAAAUUGUAAUCACAAUAAAUUUUACUAAGUGCUUAAGUCCAAA